UCUGGAAUUGACACAGAGGGGACAAGAGGCCGAGGCAGGCUUGGUGCCGGAAUCCUGCCUCUGGAGUCCUUUCCUCUGUGCCUUCUUGUUCCUGAGACUUUCUUCCUAAGGUCACAAGGGAAGGUAGCAUGAGACAGAGCUCAGCAGUCUGAGGUUUAAGCAAAUGGUCACUAUGCAGUCUAAGGAAGUGCUCAAUGGUCUAUGCUGAUAUUGAGGUACUGGGCUCCCAACCUGCCUUGCAGACCAGGAAAGACUGAAAUGAAUGAAACUGUGCCUGCACGCCACCAAUCCCAGCCAUAGAUUCAGGACCAUCUGUGUCCUCACCUGUGAAAAUAGUCAAUUAUGCGGUCAAUUAUGCAUCAACCCUAGGCACAGCUUAUGGAGGGCGGGGAGCACUGAGCCAAACGUUUCUCUCUCAUUGAGUCUCAGAGGCAAAAGGGAAGCCCUGCUUCCCUGUAAUCAACCCCACAUCUAAAGAGCCCCCAGAGAGGCCCUGGAUCUCUAGCCUGAUCUUUAUUGCAUGGUCAACAGAAGAGCAGAGAAGUUCGCAUGGAGUUCACUGUGCUCUGAGGCCCUUCGUUUCAUCUUCCACGAGGGAGCUCUUAAGUUCCUUGUCCUGCAGCCAAACUCGGGCCAGUGUUCAAGCGCCCGGCUUAUCUGACUUGCACAUUAAUUAUCUUUUAUUACACCAGUAGGCCUUUGCUGUCCCUUUCCCCUUCCUGAGAAGCCACGUGACCCCAAGGAGACACUUCUCAAGUGCAUGCUGAAGGGAAAGCACCUUCAAUAAAUUUGUCUUAAAGUUCUGUCUGGAGUGGACCAGUUUGAACCCCAAGCUGUCCCCAGCCGUGUCAGAGGCCUCCCAUCUACCAAACAGAACUGUGUUGAGAUGGAAUGAAAAAUCUUACAAAAACUGAAAGUGAAAUGAGGAAGACAGAUUGAGCAAUCAAUGGAAGGCCGGAGCCAGUGAACCAACUUCAGGGUGGCAAAAGAUGUAGAAGAGAGAAAGUCAGGAGAGUGCUCCUGGGGGAGCCCAGCCCUGUCAUGCCCUGAGGGCAGCCUCCGGGGACACAGACGACAGGAAAUGACCCACCCCCAUAGUCACUUACUCCAAAGACUCAGACCUUCAAAGUAUUCAUCGUGGAAUGGAUGAGGCUGCAGACACCCAGCGGCUGCGCCUUUCCUUUUACCCUGAGAAAGGAGAAGAAAUGAAAGUGGGGUGUGUUCCCAUCACUCCGCAGAAGGAGGGUGCCUGGGUGGGGGUCUGCAGGGAUGGCAGGCUGCUGGCCGCGACCCUCCUGCUGGCCCUGUUGUCCAGCGGCUUCACAGUGAUGUCCUUGUACCGGUUGGCUGCCCUGCAAGCCGACCUGACGAGCCUGCGCACGGAGCUGCAGGGCUACCGAAGCUCCGCAACACCUGCGGGGGCGGAGGCUCCGGGGGCCACCGCGGGAGCCCAGCUCCUGGCACCGGCAGCUCCUGGACCCCACAACUCCAGCCUGGGCCGCAGAAACAGACGCUCCUUCCCGGGACCGGAAGAAACAGUCACUCAGGACUGUCUGCAGCUGAUUGCAGACAGUGACACGCCGACUAUUCGGAAAGGUAAUGACCAGCCCUGCUCUGUGUCCACUUGGGCCUCAGUCCGGUGUGGCUUAUGCUGGUCCUACACGUUUGUCCCAUGGCUUCUCAGCUUUAAAAGAGGAAACGCCCUGGAGGAAAAAGAGAACAAAAUAGUGGUGAGGCAAACGGGUUACUUCUUCAUCUACAGCCAGGUCCUAUACACGGACACCAUCUUUGCCAUGGGUCAUCUCAUCCAGAGGAAGAAAGUUCAUGUCUUCGGGGAUGAGCUGAGCCUGGUGACCCUGUUCCGGUGUAUCCAGAACAUGCCAAGAACGCUGCCCAACAAUUCCUGCUACUCAGCUGGCAUUGCGCGGCUGGAAGAAGGGGACGAAAUUCAGCUCGCCAUACCUCGGGAGAAUGCACAGAUCUCACGGGAUGGAGACGGCACCUUCUUUGGUGCCCUGAAACUGCUGUGACCCACUUAGGGGACCGUGAGGCCCUUCCCUCCUCUUCUCUGUACCUCCGAGGGGAGAAUGAGCAGCCGGCAACACUCAAGGAAGAGAAAGUCCUCGCCGAAACGCUUCUUGUGAGCUGCUUAUUUUGGUUCACUGAGUCUGGUAACAGACAGCCGCAAUCAAAGUGUGUGUCAUGUGAUUUACAAGAAAUGGAGCGCACCACUCAGAAAGUCAGGACCAGGAGGGCUGUGCUCUCUGCUCGAGAAGAGGCCCCGCAUCGCUAGGUCAUAGGUCAUCGGAGGUCGUGCAAAGUCUCAGGAUUCGCCCCCUCCCCAAACAGACUCUUCUCUUCUCCAGCUAAUGCUACAGAAACUUUUGUUGUUUGUUUCCGUUUUGCAAAUCUAGGAGUCAUGAACUAGGUAUAGGCAAAAGUACUUACAAAUUCAAGUUUAAGAUUAACGUCAUCAAAAAAGUUUAAGUGUCAAAUAAUUGGACAGGAAAAAAGCUGACUAUUGAAGUUUUCUUGUUUCUUUUCUUAGGUCAAGCUUGCAAUUGUUUCUGGUGUCUUAUCAAAGCACUCCCUCAUUUUGGAUCACAUUUGCAUUUUGUAAUAGCUUUCAGUUGCUUUAUAAAAUGUUACUGUAGACACAUCUGAUGUGCACAGAAAUCACUAAUGUGAAACCUUAUCCCGCUCACAUAAGCCCUGCUUUGAAGGUGCAUUGGUGGCAGGGGAGAGAUUCCCUGUGCUGCUGCCUCAGUUCCGGUGAGGAUCCCUGAGGGAAACACCCACCUUGUUUGCUCUGCAGCAGUUGAGGUUUAAGCCGGUCACAGAGCAUGUGACCUUAGGGCGAGGCACAUACGUGAGCCCCAUGAGGAGAAUGUCUUAAAGGGGUUUCUUCACAGACAAUCAUGCUUGACGUUUCUGUGUAUUCAUCCUUCAUUGCGUCCGUUUCCUUUGCAUUGUCUUCUGUGUUACUAGUUAAUUUCUCUAAAUACUUUGUUUCAUUAAAGAGGCAGUGCAAGGAGA